UAAACGCCCGUGGUCACAUGGUAGCAGCUGCGAUUCGCUGAAGUUGUAGACAAGUUUGACAACGACCCCUCGAGAGCAGCCCAAGUGAAAGGAUAGUUCGCAGAAACGGUAGAAAGUUCAGGGCGUCGCUCCGCAGGAACCAUGGACGCCGUCGCCCAGAAAGUGCUGAGUUCGGGAUUCAACUUUGAUUUGGGACCCUUGAAGGAGCCUUUGGCAUUUAUCCGUUUGCUAGAAUGGCUGUUUUCCAUAUUUGCAUUUGCUACUACUGGAGGUUUCAGCAGCACAACCAGCAUCAAUGUCCAGUGUCAAGGAAGUCAGAGUGAAGAAAUACACGCAAACUUCAACUAUCCUUUCAGGUUGGUGGACCAUCCCUAUGAAGUACCUAAGUGUAUAAUCAACCAAACUGGCACAGAAACCUACUACCUGACUGGAGACAUGACAUCUUCUGCACAGUUCUACUUGUGUGUCGGAGUGCUGUCGUUCCUCUACUGUAUAGCCACACUGGUCCUCUAUUUGGGCUACCAGCACGUGUACAGAGAAUCGAGCCGUGGCCCCACUGUGGACCUCUUAGUGACUGCAGCCUUCGCUUUCCUCUGGCUGACAUCAUCUUCCGCCUGGGCCAAAGGCUUGACUGAUGUGAAACGGUCUACCAGCCCUGCAGUCAUUAUUACUUUACUUGAAGUUUGCAAAAAUGGAAACAACAAGUGCACUCCAGGAGCUAUGCCUCUACUGGGGCGGUUACACGCCUCCGUGAUAUUUGGUUUCCUAAAUCUCAUCCUGUGGGGAGGCAACUGCUGGUUCAUUUACAAGGAAACACCUUUCCACAAAUCAACCAGCCAACCUGCAUAUGUGGAGGAGGGAGUUCCACCAUCAUAACUGCAAAGUCCCCUUCUUUCAAAAUGAUCUAACACAGGGGUGUCCAGUUCCAGUUCUCGAGGGCCGCUGCCUGCAUGUUCUAGAUGUUUCCCUGCUUCAGAACACCCUGAUACAAAUGGCCAUGUCAUUAACAGACUGGCAAACCUUGACGACCAGCCGAUGGUGAUCCAGUAAUUUGAAUCAAGUAUGUUGAAGCAAGAAAACAUCUAAAACAUGCAGGACAGCAGAUCUCGGGGACUGGGAUUGGACACCCCUGAUAUUAAGCAAGUUGUUUUGUUGAUAACUAUUUUUAUCUGCACUAUGUUGUGUCAAAAUAAUUUCAGAUGGUACUAAAACGUUGUGGUGAGACUGAGAUUAAUAUUUUCUUCAUUAAUAAUAGUUCAGCCAAAAAAAUAAUCUUCAAUAAUAAUAAUAAUGAUAAUAAUAGUUUGCAAACAGACAUUGAUUUAGGAAUUAGGAGCUGUGAAAAAUCUUACAUUUAAUUUUACAUUAUUGAUACAUUUAAUUUUUUUGAAGGGUCUUGAAGUCAAAAAACAAAACAUGCUUUAACAGUUCUAUGUCCAGGUGUCCAUAAUGAUGUGACAUCUAUUUUCUUUUUCAGUUUCUACUGUGGAUGUACAGUAUUUCUGCUAUGUAUGUUGUUUCUGCCAUGAGCAAUAUCUUUAAAAACUCAGGGCUAUUAAGUGUAUGAAUUGCAAAGUUCUUAUGUCGUGCACACAUGGAUGCAUUUGUUGUUCACACAGCAGUUGGUAUAAUCAAAAUUUCAGCUCGGUCCUACAAAAUCUAGGUGUCAAUGUGAGAUUAUUUCUCAAUGUUGAGGGUGAAUUUAUUUAAUCUAUUUUGUACAUUGCCUCCUCAUUCCCUUAAAAUGAAGGCACUAUAACAAGUUUAAACUAACAUCUAAAUAUGUAAUUUUUAUGUGAAAUUUGGUCUGUUAUUUCUCAAGCACGUUUGCUCUUUCUGAGUUUUACAUUUAUUUCUAAGGAAGAAUUUACAGAUGUUUUACCUUAACUAGUCAGUUGUUGCUCAUUUUGGAACAACUGGUCGAUCUCCGAGUUUACAUGGACAGCAAUAUUCCUAUGUUACCUUUUUAUCUCAUUGCUUUGAAUAAGAAACUGACAUGUAACAAUUUUCCGAUGACUUUAAUCCAACUAAGGUCAUAUCGCGGCUAGCAGUGGUUGAUUUAAACUUUGUAUGACAAGUCUUGUUGCAUGAUGCAGACUUAAAUAUACAUUUUUUGCACUUAUACAUUUUUACCACAGUUUUUAUGGGAAAACUGCAGGUGGUGGAGAACAUGUAAGGUGUGGAUAAAAAGAUAACACAAAAUAA